GAUAUUCCAAGUCCAACGGAAAUCCAGUUCCAAGAGGAACCUCUUGAACAGUUACACAAUGGCGAUAAAGUUAUAGGCGAAAAGCCGCUUGUAACAAAUCCGCCUGUGACCGUAGGAACGCAAGCAUGCGAAACUUCUACUGUGAAACAAAGAGACGAAGAAAGAGGUGGCGCCGGUGAUAAAGAGGAGGAUGUACAAAUCGAUGGGAAAAAUUCAAAAGUUGGAAAAAAUCUGGAUAGUGAACCACUCAAACAGAACGUAAAAGCAGAAGGCAAGUUAGAAUAUGAUAGUUCUGACUAA